AUGGCAGCCAGGCUGCUAACUUGUAUAACCUGCGGUACCAGACUUUCCCACAACUCACCUAAAACACUACAGCACCUGUGCCAGGUCUCUUGUCUUACUACAAAAAGCCCCAGCCGUGCACAAUUUAGAGAUGCAGCCAUCCUGGAUGCUACAACAAUACCAUCAGCAGCACUCAGCACAGGAGGCAAAAAAUCCAGCAAAAUCACAGUAGUGCUGCUACCAGACAAGAAACUAUCACAAGAAACAGUCGCCAAACUAGAGGGAGACAAACUCUACUUACAGCACAAGUUCGAAAGCUGCACUACUGUUAAGCAAGUUCAAAAACUGCUAGAGAAAGCUGAUUUAAAAGACAGUCUGUCACUAGAGGCAACGGCCAUUGCACUGUACACAGUUUCUAAAAUGGAGAUGAAGAAAAGUGCCCAAGGCAGAACUCUGAGUCAAGACUUUUUCAAAGGUCUCUGCAGGAAGAUAGUAAACAAUGCAGGCUAUCUGUCUACUCCAGCUCUCAUACUGGCAUUACAAAGUGCCUACAUGUUUAGUAUGAGUUCAGCAGACUACCUACCAAGUGCACUCAUUGCCGAGUGUACUUUAAGAGUUACAAGAGGACAGUUUAAUGUCUCAGAGCUUUUUGAAGUAGGGAAGUUCCUAGGACACCUUCAGAAAGACCUACCAGUUCUUGAAGAAAUUGCUGAAGAUGUGGUAGAAAAGUGGGAAGAAGUGAGUGAGGAAAACAUCGCCGGAUUGUACAGCUUUCUCAAAGUCCUUCCACAAGUGCCUAAUGAGUUGAGAAGUUUGCUGGUGCAAAAGACAAUGUCUGUAACACCUAGACUAUCACCCCACGACAUAAGUGCAGUUGCCAAGUCUCUGACACAACUUCAGGGAAACAUAAACUCUCUCUCAAUUUUCCUCCGCCUUGCAAGGUUUGCGUACAAGUACGUGCCACGAUACACAGAUGCAGAACUCUGUGAUAUAUUGGAUGCGUACAUCCACUUUGAUCACCAUGACUGGUCUUUAACUAAGGCGCUUGAACAGUGUGUUCCAAACAGAGUGUUCACAAUGGACCCUACGACUGUCUCCAAAGUCAUGGACUACUUCUCUUCCAAACGGGUUCUUUCCAAGCCAGUUUUCGACGCUGUCGCAGAAAGUUUUGUCUACAACGCUGAAGGUUUCUCACCAGAACAAAUCGCCAGUCAGAUUGUACCCUACGGAAAGUUGAACUACCUGCCUCCUAACGCGUACCGGUUUCUGGAGAAGGUGGAAGAUUUGUUGAUGGCCAGGUUUCACCUGUUUCCGUUAGAGACAAUGGUGAACAUGUUGUACUCUUUUGCCUGUGUCGGGAGGAUUCCACUGAACUUUGUGAACAGAGUUUGCAGUCCUUAUGCAGAGAUGCAGCUAGAAGGAGUUUCCGGUACAAUAGACAAGGAGAUUCACAAGCAACUGACACAGCUGAUGUUGGCAGUGGAGUUAGAAUGCCCACAGUUUCAGACUCAGAGAUUCAUGAAGAAGUUCAGUCGACCGUUAGACCCCCAGCUGCCAGCGCCCAGGUUCUUUGACCACCCCACCAUGUACAUCCUACAGCAGUCACUCAUCAGUGUGCUGGGAGGCAGGCAGUAUCUGCACCACAACGUGAUGCUACCUUCUGGCUACAUCGCUGAUUUUGAAGUCAAGCUAGACAAGGAGGGACAUGUGCUACCAUACAGCAAUGGAUAUGGAAAUGACAAUGAAGAUGAUGUCCAAAAAAGAAUCGUGGUCUGUGUCCUGUUCCCUCAUCACUUCUGCACGGGUACGGAGCACCUGCUGGGCAGACAGGUGAUGAAGCUGCGACACCUGAAACUGCUGGGGUACCAGGUGGUACAGGUGCCAUACUUUGAGUUCGGUUUGCUGAAAACUGACCAGGCCAGAGCAAAAUACAUUCACCAGAAACUGUUCCCAACCACAUACAAAUUCAGCUGGUAGUAUCCUGCAGUUUACCUGCCAACUGAUAGGUGGUGCAUGUGCACAGCGAACUUUUCAUCCACCUGUGAUCAGGCAC